CAGCCUUUGCGCAUCGCAACUUACGAUCGCGACCUUUGGCAGACAAGCAACAAGGUCAAUCACCCAUUUUUUCCAGCACAAUGACCAAAUCAUUAAGCGUACCCAAGGCGGAGGAUGCCUCCGUCUUCCCCAUUGCCUCAGAACAGAUCGUCAAGGCGUCCAAGGCCCUCCUGUCGCACAUGCGCAAGGCCGCCAAGGAGGCCUCGGCGAGCGCGUCCAAGAAGAACCUGCUCGAGGACGAUGAGGGGUCCGACAUGGCGCAGGAGCCCAUCUGGCUCAACCUGACCACCAAGCGCAACGUGCGCGACGACAACAGCCUCAAGCCCGGCCGCGUCGCCGUCCCGCACCCGCUGAUCCCCGCCGACUCGGAAGCGACCAUCUGCCUGGUCGUGGCCGACCCGCAGCGCGCCUACAAGGACAUUGUGGCCUCGGACGAGUUCCCCGCCGCCCUGGCCAAGCGCAUCACCCGCGUCGUCGACGUCACCCACCUGCAGGCCAAGUUCAGGACGUUCGAGGCCCAGCGCCAGCUCUUCGCCAGCCACGACGUCUUCCUCGCCGACGACCGCAUCAUCAACCGCCUGCCCAAGUGCCUCGGCAAGACCUUCUACCGCUCGACCGCCAAGCGGCCCAUCCCCGUCUACCUGGCGCCCCGCAAGCCAAAGUCGGACAAGAGCCAGCAGCAGCAGCCCAAGAAGAAGGGCAGCGGCAAGAAGGAGAAGGGCGACGAGGCCAACGCCCGGCCCGCGGCCGAGAUCGCGGCCGAGGUCCAGGCCGCGACGGGCGCGGCGCUCGUGCACCUCUCGCCCAGCACCAGCACGGCCGUCAAGGUCGGCUUCGGCGGCUGGACGGCCGACCAGCUGGCCGAGAACGCCGCAGCGGUGGCGCGCGCCCUGGUCGAGCGCCACAUACCCCGCAAGUGGGCCAACGUCCGGUCCGUCUUCCUCAAGGGCACCACCACGGCCGCCCUCCCGCUCUGGCAGACGGACGAGCUCUGGCUCGACGGCGCAAAGGACGUCUUGCCCGAGGGCUCCGAGGAGCUCAAGGCGCUCGAGGAUAAGAAGAACAAGGAGAAGCCCAACGUGGGCAGGAAGCGCAAGGCGCUCGAGGCCGCUGCCGAGGACGCUGCGGCCGACGGCGAGGAGGUCGAGGAAGUCGCUGCUGCCGAGGCCAAGAAACCGGCCAAGAAGAAGGCCAAGGUGCCCGUGGUGGAGAGCAACGACGACAAGCUGGACAAGCAGAUCAAGGAGCGCAAGGACAAGCUCAAGAAGCAGAAGAAGGCGGCGAAGCUGGCAAUGGAGGCGUAGGAACUCCUAGCCGGCCCCCGAGUCUGGCAUUUCUAAUCGAAAUCCUGUGUGCAUUUUCUUGGAGUACGGCGUUCAAUGUGUGCGGGAUAAAAAAGAUUCACAUAGCUUGUUCAACGUCAUCGAAAUUCUGAUGCCUUUUUGUGUGCCUAAACGCACCCGUAUGCUCUGGUGGUGUAAAUGCAUGCCUUGCUCAAGAGCAAAGAUAUGAAGAUAAGGCAUAGCGUCUGUCGCGAGAUAGGAGAUGUACAUGAACCAAGUCCAAGCAGAAAAAUCAAAGAAAGAAAAGAUGGGUUGCCUGUUAGACAGUUCCUCCACGAAGAAUAGACAGACCCGCGGUUGUGUUCGCCGCGCCCAUCAUCCUCUAUCUUCGGAGGCUAUAUCAUCUCAAAUCAUCGCAAGCUGAAUGU